UUCACUUCCGUAACUCCGUUACGAAAACAGAAAGUGUCGUAACGGACGCCUGACGCCGACUCACAUUUCCGGCUCCGUACUCGGCAUCUUGCUUCCCGGUGAUUCCGUACGCUCUCUUCCCGUCACGCCCUCCUACCUACGCCGGAGGGUUUCGGAGAUCGAAGGGACGGUUGAAAGAGCAACAAUGAGCGGAUUUCCGAUACGUAACGGGUUUCGGACGCUUCGGUUCGUUUCGGUGGCGUCGAGUUUCGGCUUUCUGUUGGCUGUAUACCUGCUUUAUGGGCUUCAUCACGGACCGGAGAUCGUUCCUGAGAGGAAUUCGACGGCCAAUCGCAAGCCACUCGCAGUAGUGAACAAGGAAACAACAGAUCGUAUCGGUGAGUCAUGCUCGAAGGACGACAUCGUAGUCUACCAGGGUGCAACUACUCCACUCCCAAACGGCAUCCCGACAUACACCGUCCAAAUCCUCAACGUCUGCAUCUCCGGUUGCACCAUUGCUGACAUACACAUGAGCUGCGGAUGGUUCAGCUCCGCUCGCAUGAUCAACCCUAGAAUCUUCAAACGGCUUGGCUAUGACGAUUGCCUUGUCAAUGACGGUGGCCCGCUCGGCCCCGGCGGUAGCCUCUCCUUCGAAUAUGCAAACUCCUUCCGAUACCCACUUUCCGUCGCCAAUGUUAGGUGCUACUAAAUUAUCAUGGUGAACUGCAUGCCUCAUAGACUGCACCCUUUUUGUUUAAAUAAGUAUUGCCUCUACAGUGAAAUGCUCACGUCAAGCCGGUUCGACAAUAUGUUACCAUCCAUCUAGCAGACAAUUUCUAAAUUAUUCACUAAAUGGAUAAUAUCUUAUCAUCCAACUUUUUUGAUGUGAUCAUUUCUCUCCCCCUAUAUAGUCUAUACUCUUAUAGUGAGCUUCUUCUUGUGGGGCACACUACAUGCCAUCUGCGGUAUUGAGGAUUUUCGUGUGUUUGUGUGUGAUGAAGAAAUCAAUGAAUAAUAUAUUUCAUG